CAGAGGAUGCUGGUUAUGAAUUUUCUUUCUCUUUCAUAUGGGAAGAGGCACGAAAUUCACACUUUUAGACCUCGAAACCUGUGCAGGGAAUUUCUCCGAUUCAGAGUCAGGGCUCUUCUUCUUGAUGCUUCCUGAACCUUUUAUUUUGAAAACUAGGGUCCUUCCUACUUUCUCUUACUGAGCCUCCUUUACGAUUUGUCAAGGACAGGAACACUAUUUUUCAAGCCUGAGAAUUUCAGCAAAGAGAAUGGGCCAUAUGGUAUUACCACACCAGAUUCAGGAGUCAUGAAAGUUGUGUUUUGCUCCUAGGUCUGACUUAUACAAUCUUCUGUUGGAGAAGGUGCCUGGAAAGAGGGGCUACACUUAUAUGAGGCAGAAUUAUAAUGUGAAAGAAUUGUGUGGUCCUGCGGGAUCUUGUAAAGACUGACUAUUGUUCUGGGUCAUUGGAAGAAAACCAGAGCACACAGGAGGCCUCAUAUAUAAAUAGCCAAUGUUACCAACAUAAUAAAGGCUCUGGUAUCGGAGAGCACAGCCAGCAACAGAUUCCCAGCUGUGUGCUCACCUCUCCUUUAUCUCAUUGAGCUGUGAGAGGACCUCUCCACGCCCUACCCCGCAGCCCGGGAGCCAUCACUGUGCUCACGGUCCCUCCAGAAAUGAAUGUGCAUGUUCUCUCUUCCAGCCUGGGAGGCCAACCCCAAAGAGAGGAAGCAAGCCAGAGACAGUUCAGUUCCCAAAUCCCGCUUCAGCCACCUCUUUCCCCGCUUCCUUGCGGGGACCGGCAUCCUGACGAUGGAUACCGGUUGCCUGUGUGGACCUGGGCACCCUCUGCAGAGAAACAUUUGGAGGAGAGCAACGGUUUUCAAAGCUUGUCAGCCCAGGGCUUAUAUGCAGAUGCCCAUCAGAUAAAACAGAAACUCGUGGCUGCUCUGGGUCAAGGGGGCAGGGGCAGGGGCGGGAUCCGGAGCCCCAUCUGCUCUGUGAAUACUCCCCCUACACACUCAACAAGGCUCGUCUUCUGGGAUGAGAACCCCAAGAAGCACAGUUUUAAAAACAGUUUUUUGUUGGGGUCUCCUGAAGUGCUGGCAUUAUGAUUCUGUGGCUUCCUGGGGUUAUCAAAUACACACCAACAACUUCUCUUUACGAAGGGCCAACUUCUCCUCAUGACCUUCACCCUCUGGGUUUGGUGUCUGGGCUGGACAGCAGGCUGAGGCCAUGGCCAUUAGGAGCCUGCUGCGAGGCUGCCCCCUGAUGACCUGGACUGGGCCCUGGAGAAGUCACUGCACUGCACCAAGCCUGCUUCCUGAUUUGUAAUAUGGGACGAGAACACUAACCACACAGAUGAAGGGGCUGCAUGGGACAUUUUAUUCCCUGGAAUAAAAGCAGAGUGAGUCAGGGUAUUUCAGAGGCUCUGGGAGAAAUAAAUCUACAGGUUUCACCCCGUGGGGCACACGUAGCAGUUCAACGGCAUAUAACACCCAAGAGCUGGAUGGAUAGGAGGGUGGAAGUUAGAGAGAAUGGCCUGCCUGCAGUGAUAGGCUGCUUGCACUUAGGAGGGACUUUGCUUCCAGGAUUAAUGACUUUCUGUCACCUUGAAAUUCACAUAGAAAUAAAAUGAGCAGCCCGGUUUGUCUGUCUGGGGUGGAUGGGGCUGCUGUCCACAGUUCUGUGCUCCCAUAGCACAGCCUGCAGGAGCCCUGAUGCCGGGAGCCUUGGGGGGCCUGAGGGAGGGCCCCAGUCAGGCCACCCCUCAGUUCCUAAGGCACAGUGCUGGGAAACGUCUUCCUGUCUGUUCUUCAUCCCUGCCCCUUCCCUCUGCCUGCUUGGGCCUGAGACAGUGGUGUCAGCCCCUGCAGACAGGGUGACCAGGAGUUACCCGUCUCUGGAGGAUCCAGCCAAAGGGUGUUUAACACACCCACAGACCUUGCCCUGUCUGCCCAGAGAAGGGCUGGAAAACACUCCCCUCUGAAAAAUUAGGUCCCUGAUUUCUAGACAUUAUAAGAAUGUCAUGUGUAGACAUAUAUACAUACAUAUUUGAGAGAUGUAAGGCUGGUUUCCCAGCCACGUGCUGGGAGUCACUUGUUAAACGGUAAGGGAAAUGCUGCCACCUGCUGCCGCUCCCGGGAACUGCACCAGCCGCUCUUGAAUGCUUCCUUUGCAGUCCAGCGUAACUCAAGGAUUUUGUGCAGCACGAGCUGGAUUCCAGCACUGUCCUAUGGUGAAAGGGCUGUGUUUAUUUAAUUUCCACUCUCUUCCAAAGAGAGCGGUCAGUUGGAAAAGAGAAGAGUUUAUAGUAUUACAUAAAGUGAGUUUUGUCGGCAAAAUUGUUCCUGCAGUUUCUGAAACAGUAUCUUCAGAGACACUGGCUCCUGUGAACUUUUACUGUAAAGCACAGGAAUUGAGGACAACUGAGUCUCGGCUGGAAGCUCUUUGGACACAAGGCUCCUUGAAAGUUGCUCUAGGAAUAUGUCUGACUGCGUAAGCUCGUGGAGCCAGAGGCACCGCAGGGCUGGGCGAGUCCUUGGAAUCAUCUAUUCCAACCCACCCGCCUGGGUCUUGGUUGCGAAGGCUGAGGCGGAGGCAUCCAUCUGGCUCCUGUCAAAGGCAGAAUUAGGAGGGGCUGGGGAAGGGGUGGCUCCUGAGCCCCCCGCAGUGACUGUCCCACUCCACCUCUCUUCCUCAGUGUUGGGCCUUAAAAAGGCCACAAAUUCAGCUGAGUAAGUCUUCCUCCUUCCACCACUAAAAUACAGGCAUGUCACUCAAUGAAUAUCUCAGGAUAUCGCUAAGAUAUUGGUGUUCUUCUUCUUCUGAUUUAGGUAAACUAGUACAUGGGGGUGAGGGGCAGAUAAUACACGCCGGGUCUCCAAACUAUGGGAAAAUCCCUUUUCUGCCUUGGCCUCUGUCCGGCAACAUAGAAGUCAUCUUCUUUUUCUUCUUCAUCAUCAUCAUCAUCAUCAUCACUCAUCACUGUCAUCAUUCCUACAUGUUGAGGAUCAAUAUGCCUGUGGAACCAGACUCAGGUUGUAGGGGUUUCACACAAAACAAGGAGUCAGUCUUUUUAGAUAAUAUCAAAUCCAAAGACAGAGAAGAUUGCUCACAUACGUUCAUCACAAAAGUGUCUGCAACUGACAGAGCAUGUAUAUGGAUAUAUAUAUAUUUAUAUAUAACCAACACAGUGCCUGGAACGUAGCAGAUACUCAGUAAAUGUCUGCUUCAUCAAAUUGAAUAAUCAAUGUUUUGGAAAAUGAUGAUUUAUAAACAACAUCAUUGGUGGGGUUUUCCAAAAUAUCAUUCGUUCAAGGGAGGAAUUUCAAUAAUGCAUCUGUCAGGUUUCACUCCUGGUCUGCGGGUCCUUGUUUUAUUGUGACAAACAGAAUGGAUGGUCAUUUUGCCCUUUCUCUUUGAAAUUCCCUCCAACUGUUGGUUCACGUUGUUGAAGGUCAUGAGACGAAGAUCUUGUCCCCCUCCGACAUAGUCUGUUCCCUCAUAAUGACCGUGAAGUCCUGCUUCCUGGAACAGGAGACCUCCUGUGUUUUGGACGUGGGUCAUGCCUGCUCUGAUUCGUAGAUUCAAGAGGUCUUGCUAGGUGUGAGAGGAGGAUGGCGCGGGGGACCCUGCCUGGCCCGGGCCCCGAGGAGAAAUCACUGCCCAAUGCCAGCCACCCUCCUAAAAUCAAGGUGAAGAGCUCGCCUCUGAUUGAGAAGCUCCAGGCCAAUUUAGCCUUUGAUCCAGCGGCCCUGCUGCCUGGGGCCUCACCCAAGAGUCCUGGACUCAAGGCCGCGGUGUCGCCAUUUCACAGCCCGCCUUCUACCCCCAGCAGCCCUGGCGUGCGGUCUCGGCCCAGCGAGUCAGAGGAGGUGCCCGUCAGCUUCGACCAGCCUCCUGAAGGCAGUCACCUGCCCUGUUACAAUAAGGUGCGGACCAGGGGCUCCAUCAAAAGGCGCCCUCCCUCCAGGCGGUUCCGAAGGUCCCAGUCGGACUGUGGGGACCUGGGAAAUCUCAGGGCCACCGAGCCAUCCCAGGAGAAUGGUGCCAAGGAAGAGAAUGGAGACGAGGUGUUCCUGACCAAGAGCGCGGCCCCGGGGUCCCCAGGAUCGCCUCCGCCCAGCGAGGGGGCGGCGGGAAAGGAAGCAAGGAAGAGCCUGGGGUCCCAGGAGAAGCCGCCUCUGAGGAGGACGUCCAGUGGGACAGAGAAGCAGGAGGAGAAGGGCCGGGCCCCCGAGGAAGCCCCGCAGCCGGGGACGGCCGUGAAUUCCGGGGAGGAGGCCCCGGAGGUGGAGGAGGGGUGUGCGGGCCCCCCGGAGGACAGAGCUGCCGCAGAGCAGGCGGAGAAGGCUCCAGAGGAGACGGAGGAGAGGGCAGGAGAUGAAGCGGGGGAGCCCGCGCAAGACAGCCAAGACGACAAGGGGCCCAGGGAGGGGGCCGCGGGGGAGGAGGCCCCCCAACGUCCCUCUGCAGGAGAAGAGGGCGGCCACAGCCCGGAGCAGGGGGAAGGCGAGGACAUGCCAGAGGAGGGGGCCAGUCCUGAGCCGGGCUGCCACCCCGAGACCAGCCAGGCCCAGCCGGAAAGCAGCAGUGAGGUCCCCAGGACAGAGGAAGACACCCCUGUCCAGGACACUAAAAUGUGAGGAUGAGCUCAUUGUGCCCGUGAUGAAGCUGCUGGAGACGUCUCUCUGGAAGCAGCAGCAACAGUAGGAGCAGCAGCAGAUGAAGCCAUCGCAGAAGCAGCCUAGGAGGAGGGUCUGGAGCCCCCUGAAGAUGCAGGGUAUUUGCUUCCUGGCCUCUAUGUCGUCCGCAGACAGAGAUUGGAUCUGAGGGCAGCAGACUUUUAUCAGCUUGAGUGUGUGUCACUUGGUAGACUUGGUUAAAAAAACAAAAAAAAAAUCUUAUUUAAAGCAAUUUCCUGUGGUGACAACUCCCUGGGAUACUGUCAACCUGCAGGGCUGGGUCCUGGCCGCAUCCACUGACCCCUCCGCUGACCUCGGAACUGGACUCUGAUUUAGCUUAUCAGACUUCCUUUGUGUAAAGUGAUAGCCUUUUUGAUGUUCAAAGUCUUUACAGUUCUCAGAUGUAAGUAAAAGCUAAUUUCCGGUGGCCAGAAACAAAAGAAAAUAGUAUUGCUGAAAAUAUAAGUCCUAUAAGUUACAGAAGAUCUUAAAUUGUAUCAAGACCCGGAGACAAACUUCCAGCUAGGUCCAAAUUUGAACUGGCCAACCAGUUUUUAAAACAUUGGACUAGAAGAGAAACUUAUUGAAACAUUAAAAAAAUAUGUGUCUGUUCCAGCAAUAGGAGCUUUUUGUCCCCUAGUUUUCUUGUUGAUGACUACCAUGGGAGGUGACUGGCUCAGCUGGCCUGCUUCUGCCAGGGAGGAAGAGGCCGCAGGGAGCAUCUCUGAUGAGGUUCCACAGCCCUGCUGCCUAUCCUCAUCCUGAAAGCAGGGCAGUGGUACCUGAACAACGCCUGCCCUCUGAUUCACCGUGUGAGGAUGAAGUUCGCACCUCCACAAGCUGGCCUCGAGCAUGGAUUAGCAGUUUCCUGGGAGGUGCUUUGAGUGUUGAGAUGUGCAGGCAUCCUUCCUGCUGCCCGGGGAAGCUGCUCUUGAUGGAAGCCCAGGUUCUCCUUCCCGACUCAGGAGUGGGUUGGGGUCUUCAGUCGGCUCUCACUGGCAGCUCUGGCUUUAAUGUUCUGUCUGCAGAGUGCAGGCGGUUUUGCAAGGAACAGGGGGCCUGACUCCCCUUCCUUAACUUGUGUCUUCGUGCACUCCUGCUGAAAGAUGUUAAUCUGAAUAAAUGUUUGAUCUUCAGGGUUGAUCCUUAUUCAGAUCUGAGUAUUUCACUGUCUCGUCGUGCUGGUUUGGUAGGUGGAGCAGGUGUUUUCCUGGAGGUCUGUUAGACCACACCCUAUCCUGACCUCAGAAAAUUGUCUCCCAGACUAAAAGACCUUAUGUCACCAAGGAUACCUCAAUUUUCUCAUCCCAUUUACAGUUUUCCUAACUCCAGGAUAAUGUUAAUAUUUGGGAUAUAUGUAUUUUUCAAUACUAUUUUUAAAUAUAACACAUCUUCUAAAACUUGUAACCUAGUCAAGCCCAAUACUAUAAUAAGCUUUUUGUUUUAGCAGAAUUUGGGAGAUUUGUGUGUGUCAGAUAUUUUGAGGUCUAUAUCAUGUAUAUCUAUCUCUCUAUCAUCUAUCCCUUUAUCUAUCCAUCUACCUACCUACCUACCUAUCAUCUAUCUACCUAUCUAUCUACAGAGAUGUAUGCCCCUAAACAAUACAUGAUUUUAUUUCUA